AUGGAAGAGCAGCAGCCGGAGCAUAACAGUCAGCGCGACUCCACCAUAGGCACUGCGAGCCACAGCAGCAGCAGCGGCAGCAGCAGCAGCAGCAACAGCAGCAGCAGCAGCAGCAGCAGCAACAGCAGCAGCAGCAGCAGCAGCAGCAGCAGCAGCGGGAGCAGCAGCAGCGGCAGCGAUGGAGACAGCGUGCCAGUGUCCCCGCAGCAAGCUCCCUCGUCUCCUGCAGCACCCUGCCUCCAGCCCCUACCCCAUCACCAUCACCACCACCACCACCACCACCACCACAAUCACCACCAGCCCCCGCCGCCGCCCCAGCCGAUGCCAGCACCUCCUCACCAGCCGCCCCCACCGCCACCGCCGCCGCCGCCGCCGCCCCAGCAGCACCGCACCACCAACUUUUUCAUAGACAACAUCCUAAGGCCAGACUUUGGUUGCAAGAAGGAGCAGCAGCAACAGCAGCAGCUCUUGGUCGGAGCGGGAGGAGGAGGAGGUGGCGGUAGUGCUGGUGCUGGUGGCGGUGGUGGUGCAGGAGGAGGAGGAGGCCGGGCAGAGCGAGACAGAGGCCAGACAGCCGCAGGUAGAGACCCGGCCAAUUCUCUGGGCACGCGGCCGGCCAACCCGGCUUCACUUCUCUGCCCCGCAGAUGCGAACUGUGUGACGCCCGACGGCUCUGCGCCGGCCCCAGCCGCCGCCGCUUCCAAAGCCAACCCAGCGGCGGCGGCUGCUGCUGCUGCUGCCGCGGCCGCGGCUGUGGCGGCGGCGGCAGCUGCUGCAGCCGCUGCGUCCAAGCCUUCGGAAGGCAGCGGGGGGAGUCCUGGAGCAACUGGCGCUAAAUACGGGGAACAUGGGAACCCGGCUAUUCUACUCAUGGGCUCGGCCAACGGUGGGCCAGUGGUUAAAACUGACUCGCAGCAGCCGCUAGUAUGGCCAGCUUGGGUCUACUGUACGCGUUAUUCAGAUCGCCCAUCUUCUGGUCCCCGCACCAGGAAACUAAAGAAGAAGAAGAACGAGAAGGAAGACAAGCGGCCGCGGACGGCAUUCACCGCAGAGCAGCUACAGAGACUCAAGGCGGAGUUCCAGGCGAACCGCUACAUCACCGAGCAACGCCGGCAGACCCUGGCCCAGGAGCUCAGCCUCAACGAGUCCCAGAUCAAAAUCUGGUUCCAGAACAAACGGGCCAAGAUCAAGAAGGCCACAGGCAUUAAGAAUGGCCUGGCUCUGCACCUCAUGGCCCAGGGACUUUACAACCAUUCCACAACCACGGUACAGGACAAAGAGGAGAGCGAGUAGCCACUUCCCCUUUCUCCCUCUCCCCCACCCCCACCCCCUGCUUCACGCUGGCUCCUGACACCCUCUCAUCCCCACCCUCUCCUCGUUCCCCUCCUCCGGCUCAAAAGAUUUUUUUUUCCAGGGAAGAAAAUAAUAAACAAAAGAGAAGGGGGGGAAAGACUUCGAACGGCAAGUCAUGUUGAAAGAAAUUUUUUUUUAAAAGAGAGACUCGGACAGGUGCUAUCGAAAUCAGAUCUAUUCUCUAUUAAUAGUAUAAGGGACGAAAAUGCGAACACUUAAAUCUCUAUAUAGCCAAACAGCUUACGACCUUGUAUAUAUUUAAUUUCAGGUAAGGAAAAAAUAUGUGUAGCGAUCUCUAUUUGCUGGACAUUUUAUUAAUCUCCUUUAUUAUUAUUAUUGUUAUAAUUAUUAUAAUAAUUAUUAUUAUUUGAUCCCUCCG